AUGUAUAAUGGUCGAACAGACCCUGUAGAGCAUGUUAGCCAUUUCAACCUGAGAAUGGCUGUGCAUUCUAAGAACGAGGCCUUGAUGUGCAAGGUAUUUCCAUCUAACUUGGGACCUGUCGUGAUGAGGUGGUUUGAUGGUCUAGGUGUAGGUUCCAUUGAUUCCUUUAAAGAGCUCACUCAAGCAUUUGGAUCCUGCUUUAUCACGUGCAGCAGGAUUUCUCGGCCUUUAGAUUCCUUGUUGUCCCUGUCCAUGAGAGAAAGGGAGACCUUGAAAACAUAUUCGGAUAGAUACUGGGAGAUGGUUAAUGAGAUAGAUGGUAAUUUUAACGACGUGACCAUCAGGACUUUCAAGGUCGGCUUACCUCUUGAACAUGACCUGAGGAAGUCUUUGAUCGGGAAGCCUGUUACCAAUGUACGCCAGCUUAUGGAUCAGAUUGAUAAGUAUAAGAGGGUUGAGGAGGACCAACAGCAAGGAGACCAGUCAAGGUCAAGGGCUCAAGGGAACGCUUCCUCAAGGCCCUCGUUAGGCACAAUCAAUGUCAUUUUUGCUGCACCUGGGAGAACUGGUUCCCAACCGUCUAGGAUAAUGUUCAUAGCUCGAAUAGCAGUUGAUGACUCUAAUUCGGAGCCAAAGAAGGCUAGAAUGGAGAUCCGAUCGACGUUGAGUUUUUCAGACGAGGAUAAGGUGGGAACCAUCCAACCACACGAUGAUGCUUUGGUGGUUACCCUCAGAAUAGGGGGUAUGAUGUGA